AUGCGCUUUAAGAUUUCUAUACACAUUUUCAAUCUAUCUAUCUAUCUAUCUAUCUAUCUAUCUAUCUAUCUAUCUAUCUAUCUAUCUCACUUUGUUCAUAGCUUCCAAUCUCAAUCUCUUCCUAUCUAUCUAUCUAUCUAUCUAUCUAUCUAUCUAUCUAUCUAUCUUACAGCAGGGAAUUUGCAAUAUUAUCGUGUUUCAUGUCGGCUUUGUUUCUUUUUUACUUUUCAUUUCUUUCUUUCUUUCUUUCAUGAUUUUCUUUGGGUUUAUUCCUUCUUCGUUUUCUGUUUUAUUUUUCUUUCUUUCUUGAAUUCUUUCUUCUUUUCUUUCUUUCUUUCUUUCUUUCUUUCUUUCUUUCUUUCCGUUAUGAUUUUCUUUGUUUUCUUCUAUUUUUCAUUUAUUCUUUCUUUUGUUUAUUCCUUCUUCGUUUUGUUUCAUUUUCUUUCUUUCUUUCUUUCUUUCUUUCUUUCUUUCUUUCUUUCUUUCUUUCCGUUUUGGUUUUCUUGA